GAGAGAGAGAGUGGGAGGGAGAGAGGGAGAGAGGGAGCAGGAGCAUCAACCUCACUCAGCACCAGGGAAUCCUCGAGCUGGGGCAGCAGAGCCGGGCUGGAACCUGUCACGAUGAGCAGCAGUGAAGCGAAAGACUACAUCUCUAAAAGGGAAAUCCCUCUGCUAUUCGAGAGUAUGUUGACGGGCCUCAUGUACCACCGCCCCGAUGAACCCAUCGAAUACCUGGAGAACUGCCUGAAGAAAGUGAAGGAGAUCGGCGGACUGGAGAGGGUGCGAUGGGAUACCUUCAUCGCUCAGGAGCGGCGGGCAUUGCCUCCUGUCAGCGGGAGCCAGGCCAGGAGGGCCCUCUACCGAAGUGUGCUCUCGGAGAGUCACAGCCUGGCCACCGACCGCUACGACCGACUGCCCCCCAUCCACCAGUUCUCCAUCGAGAGCGACACAGACCUGUCGGAGACGGACGAACUGAUCGAGGAGUACGUGCUGUUUGACCCCGCAAAGCCCAGGCCAAGGGUCAUCCUCGUCAUCGGGGGUCCAGCCAGCGGCAAGGGUACGCAGAGCAUGAAGAUGGCGGAGUGCUACGGAUUCAUCUACAUCUCGGUGGGCGAGCUUCUGCGGGAGAAGAUGCUGCACAACGCCACCACCAACAGGAAGUGGGGCCUGAUAGCAAAAAUCAUCACCAACGGCGAGCUGGCACCACAGGAGACAACCAUAAAUGAGAUUAAGCAGCAGUUGAUGCAGCAGCCAGAUGCCCAGGGCUUUGUCAUCGAUGGAUUCCCACGGGAGGUGUCCCAAGCCAUCUGCUUCGAUGAUCAGAUCUGCGUGCCAGACCUGGUGAUCUAUCUCUCCUGCGCCAGCCCGCGACUCAGGGAGAGACUGGAGAAGAGAGCGGAACAAGGCCGACCCGACAACAACCCCAAAGCCAUCCAACGGCGCCUCGCCACCUUCAAGCAAAACGCCGUCCCAUUAGUCCAGUACUACGAGGAGAAGCAUCUCAUCGUCACGUUGGACGGAGACAGGGAGGAAGAGGAGGUGUUCACAGACAUCAGGGCGAACGUGGAUGGGAAAAUCGCUGCGGGCAGUCACGCCACGGCAGGUCCCAGCGUGCCAGCUCUUCCUCAGGCAGCUGAAGCCAGCGUAGAUACUGAGGAAAAGCCCGUGGAAGGAGCUUCAGGCGAAGAGCCGCUAGCAGAGAAACUGAGAGUCACCAAAAUUAUCUUUGUGAUUGGGGGCCCUGGGUCAGGAAAAGGGAGCCAGUGCGUGAAAAUGAUGGAGAAAUAUGGCUUCACACACCUGUCCACUGGCAACCUGAUGCGGAAGGAGAUCAGUAACGAAACGGACCGAGGUAAAAAGAUUAAGAAGAUAAUGGCAGAUGGAGGUCUGGUCCCAUUGGGAAUAACAUUGGAUCUUCUGAAGGAUGCUAUGAUGGAGAACCUGCAGGAGACCAAAGGCUUCAUGAUCGAUGGGUAUCCCCGGACUUUGAAACAAGCCGAAACCUUUGACAAAUCAUUCUCCACUCCCAGCGUGGUGCUCCUCAUCGACUGCAACCCCGAGGUGAUGAAGCAGCGGCUGAUAAACCGCGGACAGACCAGCGGCCGCUUCGACGACAACGAGGUGACGAUCAGCAAGCGGGUUGAAACCUACUUCGUGGACUCUGUCCCGGUGGUGAAACAUUACGAGAACAAAGGACUACUAAGAAAGAUUCAAGGAGUGGGGACAGAGGACGAUGUCUUUCAGAGCAUCACUGCGAUCAUCGAUGAACUUUAGCAGCUGAGACUCCGGGUUACAAAAUCCUCAAGCAGUUGCCCUGUGAUCAGAUUUCCCACAAUUAACAUCAAACAUUUGUGUUCAUGGCUAUUUAGGAGAAUUAACCAGGACCCCAAUAAAAUGAGAGUUAAAACUCCUGGAUAACUUUCACCGACAGCC